CGGGGAGGGCGCAGAGGCCCGGCUGGCGCGUCUCGGGUGGAGGUGAGGGGUUGUUGGGGUGAGGGUGUGAGAAGAAAGCCGGGGGAGGGCGUGGAGGUGAGCGUGUGGGGAAGUAGCAGAGGGGCCCAGAAGUGCGGGGCAGGGUCGCAGCAAUGGGUGCAGAGGGAAGUUUGUGAUCCUGGAGGGGGGAGGCGGUCUCGAGUGGGACCCCGGGGCAUCUGUAGGGACGCGUGUCUCGUGGAGCACGCGGGAGGGACGCGAAGGGGAGCGGGGGCCGAGGGGUUGGCUGGGGUGCAGAGCGUGAGUCCUACCGGCUGCGCACGGGGCUCACCUGGGCUCUCGGAAGCCCUACGAGCGUCCCCUCCUUCCCUGCUCCGAACCCGGGAGGGGAUCCCGCGGCUCCGGGGAGCGGCUUCCCCGCCAGGAGCAGAGUUGUCUCUGGGGCGCUGAGGAAAGAGGACUGAGCUGCAGCCCAAGCUGUCCAGAGGAGACGGAGUUGUCAUCCGGUCCGGAAUGAGGAAGAAUGCAGCUGCUGUUUGCGCCCCGGGAUCCCAAGAAGUGCAGCAGAUGGUUCGGGAGCAGUACACAGCCACUACAGAAGGCACCCACAUAGAGAGGCCAGAGAACCAGAAUGUCUACAAAAUUGGCAUUUACGGAUGGAGGAAGCGUUGUCUCUACUUGUUUGUUCUUCUCUUGCUCAUCGUCCUUGUUGUGAACUUCGCUCUUACAAUUUGGAUUCUUAAAGUGAUGUGGUUUUCUCCAACAGGAAUGGGUCACAUGAGUGUAGCAAGAGAUGGACUUCGCCUGGAAGGGGAAUCUGAAUUUUUGUUCCCAUUGUAUGCCAAAGAAAUACGCUCCAGAGUGGAUUCAUCUCUGCUUCUACAGUCGACUCAGAAUGUUACUGUAAAUGCACGAAACUUGGCAGGGGAAGUCACAGGCAGGUUAAAAGUGGGUCCCAAAAUGGUGGAGGUCCAGAAUCAGCAGUUUCAGAUCAACUCAAAAGAUGGCAAGCCACUAUUUACUGUAGAUGAAAAGGAAGUUGUGGUUGGUACAGAUAAGCUUCGAGUAACUGGGCCUGGAGGGGCUCUUUUCGAACACUCAGUGGAGACCCCUCUUGUCAGAGCUGACCCAUUUGAAGACCUAAGGUUGGAAUCUCCCACAAGAAGUCUCAGCAUGGAUGCGCCGAGGGGUGUUCAUAUCUAUGCUCUUGCUGGGAAGAUCAAGGCCCUUUCUCAAAUGGACAUCAUUUUCCAGAGCAGUGAUGGAAUGCUUGUGUUGGAUGCUGAAACCGUGUGUCUACCCACAUUGGUGCAGGGGACUCAAGGUGCCGCUGGCAGCCCGCAGGAACUCUAUGAAAUCUGUGUGUGUCCAGAUGGGAAGCUGUACCUGUCUGCAGCUGGUGUGAGCACCACGUGUCAGGAGCACAGUCAGAUCUGUCUCUGAACUGCUGCCUCUUUCAAGAGCACCUGGCUUCCUUCCUUUCAAUGGGCUGAGACCUGUGGCCUGGACCCUUCACCCAGGAGCCUCAGGCAUCCACUAUGACAGACUGGAGAUGGAGGAAGACUCAACUUCCAAAGGAAUUUUCAAAGAAGAGUGUACCAGAGGGGGAUCUUAGGACAACAUGAAACCAAACGUUAGACACAAAAAUUGAAGAAAUGUCAAAAAGUUCGGGUUUAUUUCACUGGAUUUUGAUUUUCAUCAGAACAAUCAUGACUUUUCUCUUCCUCAGCUCCUUUCCCAUCUCUCCUGCAUGUCAACUAUCACUGGAACGUUGACCUGCAUGUGGAAUUAAUUUUGAUGCUCAUCAGUGUAUCUAACUCCUCACAAAGGCCAGUCAGUGCCACACAUCUCGAUACCAAACCUCAGUUUAAGGCAGUGUCAGGUUUCACAAGAAAAUCUUCAGAUUUUCAAGAGAAUUUAAGAUUCCUCUCUUUUUGUUUUUGUUUUUUUGUACCAGGGAUCUAACUCAAACUUGUGCUUGCAAGGGAGGCACGGUUACACUGAGCUAAAUCCCUGGCCGAUUCCUCUGAUUUUUAAUAUGUAGUCAAGGGAAUAAAUUACACAAAAUAGGCCAUAUGCAAUAAAAAUCAGCCUACAUUUUUCACAGAAUUCAGUUUAUGAGUCUUACUUUUUUAAAUCCUCACAAAUUUAAUGUAGUAUCUUCCCGUUUACUGGUGACAGAUACGCCAAGUCUCAAGGUCACAAUGAAGCUUACCAAUUUGUAUAGAUGCUUUUACUUGGAAAAACUUUUGAUAUAAUGUCUAAUUCCACCACACACACACCAAAAUACAUAAAUGUAUACUUGGGAUACAGAGAAGCUGAAAAAUGAAGACAUUGAAAUCCAAAGGAGCAUUUUUAUCUACUGAGAUCAGACAGCUGAUAAGUGGUGGGAUUUCCAGGUCUGCCCAGGUACUCCUCCUUCAGAGCACAGAAGGACCAAGUUCAGCUACAAAGAAGCACUCUUACUCUCUGUGAAAAUAUGCUUAGUGCCAACUGUGUGGAAUUCGAUAUAAACCAAAGGGGACACACUAAACUUCUGAAAACAGGUUCAUUUCAUGUAGGCCACUCAUUCACUUUGUAAAAUGUCCCCAUUCC